AGGCACCAGGCUGCAGAAUCAUGAGCCAGGACAGCAAAGUGAAGACGACAGAGUCCAGUCCCCCUGCCCCAUCCAAGGCCAGGAAGUCGUUGCCUGUCCUGGAUCCAUCUGGAGAUUACUACUACUGGUGGCUGAACACAAUGGUCUUCCCGGUCAUGUAUAACCUCAUUAUCAUCGUGUGCAGAGCCUGUUUUCCCGACUUACAGCAUAGUUAUCUGGUGGCCUGGUUAGUGCUGGACUAUCUAAGUGACCUGCUGUACCUACUGGACAUCGUGGUGCGCUUCCACACAGGAUUCCUGGACCAGGGCAUUCUGGUGGUGGACAAGGGUAGGAUCUGCAGUCGCUAUGUGCGCACCUGGAGCUUCGUCUUGGACCUGGCCUCGCUGGUGCCCACCGACGUGGCCUAUGUGCGGCUGGGGCCACACACGCCCACGCUGCGGCUGAACCGCUUUCUGCGUGCACCCCGCCUCUUCGAGGCCUUCGACCGCACGGAGACCCGCACGGCUUACCCGAACGCCUUCCGCAUCGCCAAACUGAUGCUUUACAUUUUUGUCGUCAUCCAUUGGAACAGCUGCCUGUACUUUGCCCUGUCUCGAUACCUGGGCUUCGGACUGGACGCGUGGGUGUACCCGGACCCCGCUCGGCCCGGCUUUGAGCGCCUGAGGCGUCAGUAUCUCUACAGCUUUUACUUCUCCACGCUGAUCCUGACCACCGUGGGGGACACGCCGCUGCCACACCGCGAGGAAGAAUACCUCUUCAUGGUGGGCGACUUCCUGCUGGCCGUCAUGGGGUUCGCCACCAUCAUGGGCAGCAUGAGCUCCGUCAUCUACAACAUGAACACGGCCGACGCGGCCUUCUACCCCGACCACGCGCUGGUGAAGAAAUACAUGAAACUGCAGCGUGUCAACCGGCGGCUGGAGCGGCGAGUGAUCGACUGGUACCAGCACCUGCAGAUCAACAAGAAGAUGACCAAUGAGGUGGCCAUCUUACAGCACUUGCCUGAACGGCUGAGGGCAGAAGUGGCUGUGUCUGUACACCUGUCUACUCUGAGCCGGGUGCAGAUUUUCCAGAACUGUGAGGCCAGCCUGCUGGAGGAGCUGGUGCUAAAGCUGCAGCCCCAGACAUACUCACCAGGCGAAUAUGUCUGCCGCAAGGGGGACAUCGGGCGAGAGAUGUACAUCAUCCGCGAGGGUCAGCUGGCCGUGGUGGCAGACGAUGGCGUCACGCAGUAUGCUGUGCUUGGUGCAGGGCUCUACUUCGGGGAGAUCAGCAUCAUCAACAUCAAAGGGAACAUGUCUGGGAACCGCCGCACUGCCAAUAUCAAGAGUCUAGGCUAUUCGGACCUGUUUUGCCUGAGCAAGGAGGACCUUCGGGAAGUGCUGAGUGAGUAUCCACAGGCCCAGACUGUCAUGGAGGAAAAAGGCCGUGAGAUCCUGCUCAAAAUGAACAAGUUGGACGUAAAUGCUGAGGCAGCUGAGAUUGCCCUGCAGGAGGCCACAGAGAACCGGCUGCAGGGCUUAGACCAGCAACUUGAUGACCUACAGACCAAAUUUGCUCGCCUCUUGGCUGAGCUGGAGUCCAGUGCCCUCAAGAUCGCUUAUCGCAUUGAACGGCUGGAGUGGGAGACUCGAGAGUGGCCCAUGCCCGAGGAGGCAAUUGAGGCAGAUGAUGAGGGCGAGGCUGGGGAGGGAACAUCCAAGGGUGGAGAGAAUUAAGCUGACCAAGUGGGGGCCUCAGGCCCAGAGUGACUCCAUCCUUAUCCCCAGGACCCCCACCUCUAAGUCAAUCCAGAGUUGUAGAAAAGCCUGUCUGCAGAAAAUCUGACAUCCUGUCUGCUAGGUUCCAGAGACUGGCGUGACUGGGUAUGUAGAUACCCUCCUAGAGAUGUAGGGGAAUAGCAUACAUCACACACACACACACACACACACACACACACACUGACCCCAAGGCAGUGCAUUCCAUAUGAAGUGCUCUGAUGUUCCCAUUCUCAGAGCACAGAUGUUUCUCAAAAACAUAGAUAUAUCUUCUACCUGCAUAAUAUAUUACACUCAACUGUGCACCCCACAGACACAUAUACCGAGAGUCAUGCACCAAUAGACACACCAAGGCCUUCCCUCAAGUGCAUUCACUUAUGAAUAUACAAAAGCAUACCUGGGUCCUCUUGUUCCAAGAUAUCCUUUAAUGCCCCCAUAUGCGAGGGCCAUAAGUGUACCCUGCAAGUUGCACUUUCAAUAAAGUA